UGUGCGGAAACAUGUCUCAAAUGUCCGUGCACUUGGUUGUUCAAUAUGGCUUAUCAUUCAUAUAUAACAAGAUAACCAAUAUUAUCUUAACCAACCUUGAGAAUAACCUAAGCUUAGUCAUGCAUUUAAUAAUUCAAUCAUUAAACUAACAAUACUGUCAAAAAAUCUGUCAUUCCCAUUACUAGCAAUUGAAAUAUUUUAAUUUUAGCCAAUUUGGAUGUACAUCUGCUGCACACAAGGUUUUUGCAUGCAUUCUAAAACUGCGAAACUGCUACAAUCUUUGUGAAUAUUAUCGAAUUGUAUAAAUAUUUACUUUUGACAUGUUCGUUAAAUAAUGGCGUAUUUCUGGAUUAGAGGAAUUCGAUUUAUCGUAUUGGUGGCAUUUCUGCUAAGUCUCGAAAAAACUUGCUUGGAAAACAAUUUUGCCAAUGCAAUUAUAUCCUCAGAAUCUGGACUCUAUGAUCAAUAUAACAGAGAUGAUGAAACUGGCAAGUUUGAGUUAUUAUUGUCAAAAGGUUACAUAAGUGACCCCACUAAUACAACGGAACCUACAACACCAGAACCAACCACAAAUACAACUACCACGCUGGAACCAACCAAGCCAGAACCAACUACGCCGGAGUCAAAUACAAAUGCAACUACGCUAGAACCAACUACAAACACAACUGCUCCGGAACCAACAACUACGCCGGAACCAACAACUACGCCGGAACCAACUACUCCGGAACCAACAACUACGCCGGAACCAACUACUCCGGAACCAACAACUACGCCGGAACCAACUACUCCGGAACCAACAACUACGCCGGAACCAACUACUCCGGAACCAACAACUACGCCGGAACCAACUACUCCGGAACCAACAACUACGCCGGAACCAACUACUCCGGAACCACCAACAAGUACGACUACGGCAGGACGAACUACGCCAGAGCCAACGAUCCCAGAACCAACUACGCCAGGAUUAACUACAGGUUCUGUAACCUCAACAUUUCCAACGAUUACGACUACUGUGAUGCCAACAACCUCCAUUGCCACAACCACUAGCCCACCUCCUCGAGGUUGUCCGAUAAAAUGCACCAAAACCGAUUCGGAUGGGUUUUAUUGGUCGGUAUGUGGUGAAAUAAUGGGGACGGAAAGUUGCAACAGAGUCGUCGCAAAUUCAACAGGACAGAUCACUUGGGAGUGCUUACCUAAUGGCAAGUUCGCCACUGAACAACCAGAUUCCUCAAAAUGCACGACAAGUUGGGUGGACGAUUUUUUGAAAGAAUCUGGUCAAGUUACGAACACAACCACAGCGGUGGAGUAUUUGAAGAAACUGCAGGAGAAAGUGUCCCUAGAUUCUUCCUCGAAUGAUCCCAAUUACUUUGGUCAUGAAAUAGGAACGCUCAACGACAUUCUAACAAACGUAACCAAAACAGUGAGUAGCUCGACAACGGACUCUGAUGCAUUUCUCCAAGUUGCCAAUUGGACUGUGAGAAUUGCACAAAGAAUUAUUAAAACUCCCAAGCCCUGGCAUCAUCUGGCAUUGAAAAAUCGAUCCCACCUUGCAACAAGCUUGACCAUCACGAUUGAAGAGACGUCGUUUCUGUUAACAUCAAAAGUGAAAGUGACGAUGACUGGACCUCAAACUUUGGAUGCUGAGAAUAUUUUAGAUUACACAUCGUUUUUUUACAAGGACAUUUUGAAUGAGCCCCAAUUCACAGUCACAUCUCUCGCCUAUUCGAAAAUAUUUCCUGGAUUAGACAACCUGAAAUAUCCAUUUAUUGGCAAUCCAAAUUCUGUGAUAAAGUUACCUCCGCGUUGGACUGAGUUAGUUGCUGGACAAAAAAUUGAAUGCGUUGGAAUGUUCAUGGAUGCAAAUUACGCCAGUCUAAUUAUGCCUGGUCAGUAUGAAAAGCUUGGACUCGAUACUGACCUGGGAUACAAGAAAAUUUUAAAUGGAAAAGUCAUGUCCUUCACAGUAGCAUCCAGUUCGCCGUCCAAUGAUAAGCUUUCGAAUGGAGAGAAUGGCACAUCAGAGAAAGUUGAGUUUGAAUUCAAAGAUCAAGGAGUCCAAAUAGUCUUUCACCAUGACUUUGAAGCCUGGGGGAAUGAAGCGUUCGACAUACCAAGAAAACUUUAUUCCGGAGAAAAGCCCAAAGCUGUUCAAGGAACUGCACAAUGUGUUUAUUGGGACACCAAUAAAUUAGAGUGGUCCCAAAAAGGAUGUAAAAUUGUCUCCAGCACUAAAUCAGAAACAAUUUGUGAGUGCAACCAUUUGACCUCUUUUGCAAUUUUGAUGGAUGUUCACAAUUAUGUGGGUAAAAACGCUGGUCUUGAAAUUGUGACGCUUAUCCUGGUUCCAAUUUCCAUCCUCUGUUUAAUCUUCACAAUAGCAAUGUUCUACGGGAUAAGAAAAGCUCGUAGCCAACGUACGAUGAUCACGCGUAAUCUUGCAGUAUGUCUCGCAGUUGGAAACCUGUUAGUUCUGCUCGUUCUGGACAAGACUUAUUUCAAUUUGAGUCAGGGUUUGUGCGUUGCUUCGGGAAUUCUUAUCCACUACAGUUUUCUUGCUGCUUUUGGGUGGAUGGGAGUUCAAGGGAUAUAUUUGUACCGCAUGGUGGUCGAUAUCUUCAACGUGAAAAGCUCCUUCUUAAUGUUCAGACUGCUUUCGUACGGAGGACCUUUAGUGAUUAUUGCAAUCACUACGAUGGCUGGUUACUUGUCCGGGGAUGAGCCGUAUGGGGGAGAAGUUGUAUGCUGGCUAAAUGGAGGCUACAUGUGGGGAUUUAUGGGACCCGUCUUGAUAAUUAUUAUUUUGAACACUGUUAUUUUAUCCUUGAGCUUAUGGAAAAGCCACCGUAUUCGAAUCCGCUCAGACGCCUCCAUUUUUAGUCGUCGUGUCAGUUCACUCAGAACAUGGAUCAAGGGAAGUUUUGCGUUGACCGUACUUCUGGGAAUCACUUGGAUAAUUGGAUUUCUAAUGUUGACCCCACAAAUUCCUGGCAUUGCUGCUGCAUAUUUGUUCACAAUUUUGAAUGCAUCUCAGGGUAUAUUCAUAUUUAUUUUUGAUUGCUUCCUGAAUGAAAAAGUGCGUCAAGGAAUCCACCGGCAGUAUGGAAGGUUGCUUCCCGUACGCCUUAAUACUUGGCUGAAGAAAACGUCUACAUCAUCACUUGGAACGACAAAUGCGAGUGUAAACAUCUCCUCAACCGUCAAGAAAAGGAAAUUGUCCGCAUCCUCAGAGUCCAAUGGGGGAACUAAUUCUUCAAGAACUAAUUCUGGCCGAGAUAGCUUACCUCCUGUUCCACCAGCAAGGAAAAUGGUCCAGGACGCUGAUUUGAUUUCACCACAGGGUAAAAAACAAAGCAUUCUUGACAGUGGCAGUGAGAACUUUGGAGUGAGAAGGUCUGCAGACGACUCAACUUCGCCUAUUACUAAAAAUGCUGGACCUGUACAAUUUAGCCCUGCGACAGCUCUUGUUGACCAGUAAUUGGUCAUUGGGAUUUCCAUCCAUAUUAUUUGUUAAUCCAUAAUAAUGUCAACGGGUAUGUUUAAAUGGUUAUUCGUCGUUUACAUGAAUAACUAAACUAUAAGACUGUAUAAUGCUAAUGUAUGCAUGUGAAAUAAAUAGAGUUUGACUGAUUGGA